GAGAAGAAAUUUGUAGAAAAAUUUGAAUUCCGUUUUUGAGAAUUUCAGUUGAAUUUGGAUGAUCAUUUGAUUUAUCCAUUUUUGGAUUGAAUUUGUUCCCCUCAUCUCUCUCCCAUGGCUUUCUUCUUCUCCUCCAUUCUUCCUUUUCCCUUUUGGAGUUCCUGAAGACCAAAACAACCGAUUCCAUCUCCCUAAAUCUCAUUUGCUUCUCCAUUGCACAUUACUUCCACUUCAAGCAAUCCCCCCCUUGCUUUUGCUUCAUUUUUGUAGGGAUUCGUUCCAGCGAUUGUACCAAAAAUGGCAUCCGAAGGCGGUAGCAAUGGAGGAGGAGAUGAGACGCCGUCAUUGUCUCCUAGAAGCAAGUUCAAGUUUCUUUGCAGUUAUGGCGGUAAGAUCCUCCCUAGACCAAGCGAUGGCCACCUCAAGUAUGUUGGCGGCGAAACGCGCGUCAUCGCUUUGCCGCGUGAUAUUAAAUUCGCAGAUCUAAUGAAGAACCUGACUGCUCUAACUGAUGGAGAUAUGGUGCUUAAGUAUCAAUUGGUUCCUGAGGAUCUUGAUGUUUUGGUAUCUGUGAGGUCUGAUGAGGAUUUAAAGCAUAUGCUUGAUGAGUAUGAUCGGCUAGAAAGCGAAGGAACUCCUAAACUUCGUUGUUUCUUAUUUCCUUCAAAUCCAAUUGUUCUUGAGGCUCAACCAUUCUCUGCAGAUCCCCAACAAAUUCAGCAACGUUAUCUUGAAGCUAUUAAUGGCAUUGUGCGGUCUGGCUCCACCGCUAGUGCAAAAUUCUCCCCUUCAAAUGCAAACCGCCCCACAUUCAGCCUUUCAUCUGCUUGUUCAUCUCCAAAAUCAUCUUCUCCAGAGGCCCAAACAGCUGAAUCUUUAGCCCAAGAAACAUUCUCUUGGAAUAGCAUGAAACCCAGCCGCCCUCCUAUGCAUAAGGUCCAUAGCUCUCCUAGCCUUUGCAGCUUCAACAACCUUCAACCUCCCACCAAUGCUAUUCCAAUUAGUAAACCCCACAUUCCACAGCCUCAUUACCACUAUCAACAAAACCAGCUGCAGCUGCAGCAUCAUAAUAACUACCAGUCUCCAAGACCUCCACAAGAGUUUGGCAGAUUGAACGCCCCCGAAAGAGUUCCCAUGUCCCUUCCGCCAUCGCCGCCUAUAAGUAGGGCCGACAUCGGAAGGAGUCCGAUGGGACCUAAUUUCAGCCACCAGACAUCAUGUAAACAGCAAAGGGGAUUUGGAGUGUGGAACUAAUAUGGAUACUCUGAUGAGUUUUCAGCGAAUGGUAGUGGUAGGAUCCAUAGAACAGAAACUGAAUCAAUGGAGCCCGAGAAAGCCGCUUUGGGAGUAACAAACACAGUUGAUUAGUCUGUAGAUAAUUAGAAAGAAAAGAAACAGAGAUGGUCAGUAUAUUUCUCCUUUGUUUGUGCUAUAUUUUGCACGCUUAUCAUAUACUCCAUUUGUUUUCUUGAUUUCUUUUGAACUAAGAUUUCCCACGAAGGAAAUACUUGUAAAUCUCAUGUGCUUGUGAUUAUCUUAGUUUAAUACUUGUAAAUGGAAGUCCCCAUGUGCAUAAUCCUGUAUUCCUGCUAUGCCAAACUGCUAAGAUUAUGCACAAUGUUGAUACAGUUCAGGUGUUCGAGUUCA